AUGGCCAGUGGCCUGGCAGCAGCGGAAGCUGAAAACCACGACGAUUUACUAUCUUUUGUCACACUCCCCAAUGUACGAGCGUUAAAGUUCGACGUCGCCUACCGUGACCGCGAGAGGGUAGCUCCUGGCUACUGGUUUGUCGCACCGUACGGCGUGAUUGAUCCCGAGGUCCCGACGCACCAGUGGAAACCGUGCCAGGUUGGCCCAUACAUCUACGAUGCAGAUGGAGGCCUUGUUUGGGCUGGGUCUUGCAUGUUUGACAACCGGAAUAUAUUCGACUUCAAAGCGGCCAACAACAUUGAUGACCAACCGCACCUUUCGUUCAUCUUACAGCGGGCUUUCAACGACGAUGGCUCGGACAAGGGCUAUGGUUACGUGCUGGAUCAGCACUACCAGGAGGAGUACAAGGUGCCCGUGGUCAACGACCUCGGGUCUUUCAACAUGCAUGAGUUUAAUGUUCUGGACGGUGGAAAGUCGGCUCUGGCUUGUCUGUACCGGUCUGAGGAAACCGACCUGUCUACGAUCGGCCGGCCAGACGAACGCAGCUGGAUCGUCGCGGGCGGUCUCCUUGAGCUGGAUACGCAGACUGGCGAGGUGCUUUUCGAAUGGAGCUCGUACCAGCAAGUCCAGGUCGACGAGUCUGUCAAGGUGUAUCCCGACUCUCGGCCGUCGGAUAGGCCUGGGUGGGAUUAUGUCCACGUCAACUCGGCCGACAAGAACGCGGUGGGCGACUACCUUUUGUCCGCGCGAUUCGCCAGCACAAUCUACUACAUUUCCGGGCAAGACGGGAGCAUUGUGUGGCGGCUGGGCGGGAAGCGCUCCGACUUUGCGCUGGAUUUCACGUUCUCGAAGCAGCACCACGCGCGGUUUGUGGAGUCGAACGGAACGCACCACCUGAUAUCGUUUCUGAACAACGCCUCGGACGAGGCGGAGCAGGAGGAGAACGUGUCCUCGGCGCUCUUCGUGCAAAUCGAUACGACGGCCACGCCGAUGACGGCGACGCUGGUCAAGCGCAUCGAGCGGCCGGACGGAGGUCUCACGCGGCUGCGGGGGAACGUGCAGAGCCUGGGCAACGGCAACACCUUUGUUGGCUGGAGCGAGUGGGGGUACCAGAGCGAACACGACGCCGACGGAGAGUUGCUGAUGGAAGCCAAGUUUGGAUCGACGCGGUUUUCCUCGUACCGGUCGUACAAGUUUCCAUUUGUCGGGCGUCCGGCCACGCCGCCGGACGUGGUUGCGUCUGUCUACGGGACCGACGCGACGGAUCUGAGCACGAUUUUCCACGUCAGCUGGAACGGGGCGACGGACAUUGCAGGGUGGAGGUUCUACGCGCGGUCGUCGGCGGACGGAGUUCCGGUGCUGAUCGGCAACACGACCAAGCGCAGUUUCGAGACGAUGUUCAUUGCGGAUGGAUAUGUGGACUGGGUGUCGGUGCAGGCGGUAGACCAGGACGAGCAGGUGCUGGGGGAGUCGGAGGUGCACCGUACGCAGACGCCGGAUGACUGGGGACAGGCGGGGUUCCAGGGGACGGAGCCGAAGCCAGAGGAGCCGUAUUGGAGGGGGGAGGAGGAGGAGGAGGAGGAGGAGGAGGAGGAAGGGCGGGCGGAGCGUCAAGUGCUCAAGGCCGCUCGCCCCUAUUCCACCACGUCUCGCUCGCAGUACAGCCGGUCGCAGUUCAAGGUGCUCCCAUUCGUGACGAUACUAUUGAUCGGGACAGGAUCGUAUAUGUUUCUAGUGAAAUCACGAACAGGACAGCAGCGUGCCACCACCACUACCAACCAAUAA